AUGCCGUCGCGCUUCGACGCUUUGUCGCGGCUCCGCUGGGCGCUCGAGAAGCGCCGCGAGCCCCGGGUCUUGUGCUCCUCGCUCGGCUUGCCCUCGCCGCGGUCGAUCGCGCGGAGCUUCACCUUCUUCGGCGCGGCCUUGGGCGCGCGGAAGAACUCGGGCUUGUCGGCGUCCCUGAUGGCGCCGGACUCCCACUUGGCCUGGAAGUCCAUGGCGCCGUUCACGGGCGCCCACCUGGGCACGCGCUUGCGGCGCUCGUUGACGGCGACGAGCGGGUCGAGCAUGCGGUCGAGGUACGCGCCUCCGUCCACGGGGAAGAUGUUCGGCGCUGCCCCGGCCGAGCCGGAGACCGUGGGCUCGCGGGCGGAGCCGACGCGGAAGCUGAAGCGCGCCUGCGUGCUGCUCCUCGGGUCCCACGGCGACUGCCUGCCCUUCCUCGACCUCCUGGAGAAUAUUAGGGACUUCAUGACGCCGUGCCUCUUCUGCAGCGAGGAGCAGGUGGAACUGGUCGAGAGCCGCGGCUUCGAGGCCGUGCCCUGGAUGUCCAUCGCGCAGUUCAACCGCGAGAAGCCCGACGUCUGGCGCCACCUCGGCAUGCCGUUCGUCAAGGUCUGGUACCUGCUCCACGACAAGAUCCCCGUGCCCUACGUGCGCCUCGACGUCGUCGAGUUCACGCCGAACCCGCACGCGCACCCCAUCGUCGACGUGCGCUUCGUGCCGUCGUUCCUCAUGCCCGUCGUCUGGCGCGCGUUCUACGCGUCCGUCCACGGCGUCGUCAUGGACAGCGGCUACGCCGAGGCCUGCGAGGCCCACGGGCGGAAGGUGUUGACGGCCGGCGAGAUGUACGCGAAGCAGCUCAACACGCCCACGGUCAUCGGCAACGACUUCUCCGCCGCGCGCGUGGACCGCGGCAUCGCCGAGGGCGGCGUCUGCAGUUUGGGCGGCGCCUUCGAGGACCUGGGCACGCCGACCUACGGCGCGCACGUGCUCUUCACGCCGCGCUGGACUUAUAGGCCCGUGGAGGUGCCGUCGGACGCGCAGCGAGAAGCGGUAGACGCCUUCCUCGCGGAGCAGGGCGCCGCGGGCCUCGUGUGCUUCGGGUCCAUGGUCCUCGUCGAGGAGACGGUCGCGGCGCUGCUGGCGUGGAUCGAAAACUUCGACGGCGCGGUGAUCGUCAUGCGGGGCACGUCGAAGCUCGAGAACAAUCUGAUCGCCGCGCUCGAGGAGCGGAAGCUGCCCCGCGUCUUCCUCCUCCUCGAGGACUGCCCCCACGCGUGGCUCUUCCCCAAGUGCUCCUGGCUAAUGUGCCACGGCGGCAUCGGCACGACGACGCUCGCGCUGCGCUGCAAGCUCCCGACGCUCGUCGUGCCCUGCGUCGCGGACCAGGAGCAGACGAUGAACGACCUCGUGAACCGGGGCCUCUCCGUGCGCAUGCCUGCGAGCACGAAGGUCACGGCGCCCAUGCUCGACUACGGCGUCACGGCGCUACAGCGCGACCACGCGGCCAACUGGAAGGCGCUCCCCGACGAGCCCGAGGUCGACUACAGCGCCAUCGAGGCCUUCGUCACCAAGCACACGGCCACGGGGCGCUACGAGGGGCUGCACUAG